AUGCGGAAGGCGGUGAUAGAGGAGCUGAAGAAGCUCGAAACCGACGGCCGCGUUCCUCCCCACAGCGCGCGUAGCACCACCGUCAUUGCUGCCACGGGGCCCAGUGGCGGUGGUGGCAGCAGUGGUAAUGGCAAUGAGCUGUUGUUGAUACGGUCAGAGACUAUUGGGAACCACACUGCAGCCCUGGCAGCACUUCAAUCCCCGUUGCAGCAGCUGGCGGACUCAGUACAAGCAGCAGGCCCCACGCACUUCUUCUUCUCCCCUCCAGAGGCAAUCGCUGCAAGAGAAGGAGGAGCAGAUACAGCCGGGCAGGGAGGGGCACCAGCAACGGCAGCAUCAGCGGAAGGGGGGAGAGUGGUUGAGUCGCAUGUGGGGAGGUUAGAAGCGGUGGAGCAUCAGCACGCUCAGCUGGAGCACCAAUGCCAGUCGCUGCUAUCAGCGCAGGAGGAAGAGCUCUCUGCCUCUAUCCGUUCCACUGCCCACAUGGACGCUCAGCUAUCACUCGCCAUGCCCCUUCCCCCUCCUUCCGCCCUCAAGUCGCCUGCUGCU